AUGGAGCAGUCCGCAGAGUCACAUCCGGAGGAUUUGUCAAGGAGGAGCAGUGAAGCAUUUUCCUCUUCAAAGCAAGGCAGCGAAGAGGUCAGCGUCGAGGAGCUAAAGAAAAAGGUCAAGGAUUUGGAGCUGCAGCUCGAGUACGAAAUAAAUCGACACGAGGCUGAGGUGCAGGAGAAAGAGGAAAACAUAAAAUCACUGGAAGAAAAAAUAAACGAGCUAGAGUGUUCGAAAAAAGAAUCCGAGGAAAAGGAUGAAGCCAUCCUAAACAUGAGCGAACAGCUUCUCAUCUUAUCGAACAAGUACGACGUGUUGGUGAAGGAAUCAAAGCUACAGGAAGAGGAGCUGAAGCAUUUAAAAAAUAAAAAAAAAUACAGAAACGAUAAAACGAAUGAGUUCAUAAUUACACUAAAAAAACAAAAUGAAGAUUUUAAAAAGGACAAUGAAACUCUAACGGACAAAUAUUCCAAUCUGCUUAUGGAAAAUAGUGGCCUUAAAUGUUCUUGCAAAAUGCUACAAGAACAGCUACAGGAGAGUCAGAAAAACUUGGAAUUUCUAAAGGUGCAUAAUACAAAGGAGUUUGACGAGAAAAGUGCCCUUCAAAUUUUAAACCUCGGAACGGGGUUACUGCAAAAGAGGAGCUUCAGCAAAGAUGGAAAUGAAGCCAAUCCGCUCAAACUAGAAAUAGAAUACAAAGAUAUGAUAAUAAAGAAAUUGCUUCGGAAGAGUUUGACGGAGGAGAAGAUGAAGGGGAUGGACCAAAACAACAAUGACAGCUUCAACGGGAGGGGCAGCACAAUGGGAAAGGAUUGCAACCAGAAGGGGGAGGACUGCCCAAAUGAGGAGGGCUCCCCAAAUGAGGCGAACUCUCCAAAUGAGGCGAACUCUCCAAAUGAGGCGGACUCUCCAAACAAUAACUCCUUUAACCACAACGGGGAGCAACUAAUUACAUUCGAGAAAAAACUGGAGGAGCUGUACCAAAAGUGUGUGCAGUCGCAGAGCGACAAUGACCAAUUGAAGGUGGGGAUAAAAGAAGCAAGAGGAAACACCACGUCGACUGGCAUCGUCGUUGCUAUAGCGAACAAAAUUAAAAAGUUGACUGAUCAUAUAGAUGACCUGAAAAAGGAAAACGCAGAUUUGUUGGGAAUAAUCGACACUCUGAGGGAGUACAUCAACAAGGCCUAUCGCGAAGACGUGAAUGUUCACCAAUUUGACGACUUGAUAAACAACCUCCUUAAGGAGAACUCAACCCUGAAUGACGAACUAUCCAAGCAGAAAAAAAAGAACAUGGUAGACACGUACUUCUUCAAUAAAGAAUUGCAACUGAUACAGAAUGACAAAUUUAAAAUUAUAGAAAAAUUUGAUGAAUCGAAUGUGAAUAAUUUCCCCCACUUGUACGAACCGCUAAACGUGACUCUUAACGAAGCUCCACAUGAGUACCAUGACGAGAUCGCUGAAAAAAGGGAAGCAGGACGAGAUCACGGGGAGAUUGCUACUCCUAAAAAGGACAAGGAUGAGAGGAAAAAUGGAAAAAACUCCCACCUCGUCAAGUCCAACAGGCCAGUAAUCACAGACGAGUUGGUCCACACGUACAUGAAGGAUUAUAUGAUGAAUGUGCAGAACAGGACAUGAUGGCAGGAGUGUCUGGAGUUAUUGCG